UAUGAAGAAAGGUCGGUCCAUUGAAAUUCACACACCUGUAAUGCGCAUCUUAGUAACUCUCAUUUCCUUUAUACUUGUAAAUUCUCGCCAUUUAAAUCAUCGCGAACUUUCUUGGAUCAUCAGCAGACAACCACUGGAAUGAAAUUACCAAACUUUUCAUUCUUGUGAUCUUCUUUCUUCUCCUCUAAGAUCCAGAAAUACCAAGAGUCUCUACCAUUAACAACUUUAAACUGCGUUAUGUGGAUGAGACUGCGUGAAUCUUCGUCUAUAUGCAAGCGUCUUCCAUCAAGGGACGUAGAUUCAUCUGAUGCUGAAGAAAGUUUAGCUCUUAUACAUAACAAUAUGGGGCAAGAGAAUACAACUCCUAGUUGGAAGCAUUCUUUCCCUCAUGUCCUUGUUGCAACCAUUGUAUCCUUUUUGUUUGGAUAUCACAUAGGAGUUGUUAACGAACCAUUAGAAAGCAUCUCAAUUGACCUUGGUUUCAGUGGUGAUACAUUGGCAGAAGGUCUGGUGGUGAGCAUAUGCUUAGCUGGUGCGUUUCUUGGAUCAUUACUUAGUGGUUGGAUCGCUGACGGGGUUGGGCGGAAAAAGUCUUUUCAGUUAUGUGCAAUCCCUUUGGUUAUUGGUGCUUCAAUAAGUGCAACAGCAAAUAAUUUGCCAGGUAUGCUACUUGGAAGAUUACUAGUUGGAUUUGGAUUAGGAGUUGGGCCUCCAGUUGCAUCUCUUUAUAUUGCCGAGGUUUCCCCUGCUUUUGUUAGAGGUACAUAUGGUAGCUUCAUUCAGAUAGCUACUUGUCUUGGACUUAUUGCGGCUUUGCUCAUUGGUAUCCCUGUCAAGAGAAUUGAUGGGUGGUGGCGUCUCUGUUUUUGGGUAUCUACAAUUCCAGCUAUCAUACUUGCUCUUUCGGUGAUUGUGUGUGCUGAGAGUCCAUAUUGGCUGUAUAAGCGUGGCAGGAUUGCUGAAGCCGAAACAGAAUUUGAGAGAUUGUUAGGAGGAUCACAUGUCAGCUCGGCAAUGACAGAAUUGACAAAGUCAGACAGAGGGGAUGAUUCCGAUGCUAUAAAGUUCUUGGAUCUUCUUUCUGGCCGUUAUUCCAGAGUGGUUUUUAUUGGGUCAAUCCUGUUUGCUUUACAACAGCUAUCUGGAAUAAACGCGGUAUUCUACUUCUCAUCGACUGUUUUCAGAAGAGCUGGGGUAUCGUCAAAACUAGCAAAUAUCUUCAUAGGAAUUGCCAACUUCUUAGGAUCCAUUAUUGCCUUAUCUUUGAUGGAUAAAUUGGGGAGAAAGGCCCUCCUUUUGUGGAGCUUCUCUGGAAUGGCUAUGUCAAUGGCUGUGCAAGUCAUUGCAUCGGGUUUGUCUUCAUCAGAUGUUGCAUCUCUUUACUUGUCGGUUGGUGGAAUGUUGUCGUUUGUUCUAACAUUUGCUAUAGGAGCGGGACCUGUUCCCAGUCUUCUCCUACCAGAGAUCUUUCCUAGCCGUAUUAGAGCCAAGGCUAUGGCGCUUUGUAUGUCUGUGCAUUGGGUGGUUAACUUUUUCGUGGGGUUGCUAUUCUUGCAAUUACUUGAUCAACUCGGCCCUCAGCUGCUAUACACCAUUUUUGGUACCUUCUGUUUGGUGGCAGUGGCUUUCGUGAAGAAAAACGUUAUGGAAACUAAAGGAAAGUCUCUUCAAGAGAUCGAAAUAGCUCUUCUUCCCCAAGACUAAGAAAAUUAUGUUAUUGUUAAGAAAAUGAGCACAUGUAUAGAUGAUGUUGAGAAGCAAUAAAAAUCUAUAUAUCUUCUUGGAAAGUGCAGAAUGUUCUUCUUCUAUACCAAUUGUUAUAGAUUUGCUUCUUCUUUCUUUUC